UUUCCCUGUCACUCCAGCCUGAAGGGAAGUCCCCUACCAGGAGAGACUCCAUAUGGGUUCCCCUCUCACCUACCCUGAAACCUGCAGGGUCCCUGGUUGUGUCUGUGGGUGGUGGGUAGAAAGAGGGAAACCUGACAGGAGUUGAGCCAAGCAGGAGCUGCUCCCGUGAAGCUUCCUGCGGGAAGGUGGUUUUACAGCAAGAGCGCUUCCUUCAGAAGGGAUGUCUGGCAUGCUAACGCAACGCUCUCUCCCUCCGCAGCAGAAAGCGGGUGUCUUGAACCGGCCGAGGGGGUUCUGACCUCCUACCGCCUGCACCAUGACCACAGUUAGUGUCAAGCCGAGUCAACGCUUCCGGCUGCCCGACUGGCACACCAACAGCUACCUGCUGUCCACCAAUGCCGAGCGGCAGCGGGAGGCGUCCCAUCAGAUCCGCCAGGAGGCCCGCACCCUCUCCAAUGAGACCAACAACCAGACCGUUUGGGACGAACAUGACAAUCGGACUCGACUGGCCGAGAGGAUUGAUAGUGUCAACCGGUGGAAGGAGACCUUGGACAAGUCCCUAACCGACCUAGACGCUGAGAUCGAUGCCCUGAUGCAGAUGAAAGAGUCUGCCGAGCAAAACCUGCAGGCGAAGAACCUGCCCCUGGACGUGGCCAUCGAGUGUCUGACCCUGCGGGACAGCCGGCGAGACAUCGAUGUGGUGACCGACCCUGUGGAGGAUGAGCUGCACAAAGAGGUGGAGGUCAUUGAGGCCACCAAGAAGGCUUUGCAGCGGAAGAUCAGCCAGGCCUUCGAGCAGCUCUGCCUCUUGCAAGAAGUCCGACAGCAGCUGAACUCUGACCAUCGGGGCAAAAUGGAGACACUGGACAUCGACAGAGGCUGCCUCUCUCUCAACCUCAACUCCCCUAACAUCUCUCUGAAGGUCAACCCCACACGCAUCCCCAAAGACUCCUCCACACUCCAGGAGUGGGACACCUUCAGUCAGUUCAACAAGAAUCGGGCGGAGGCUGAGAUGAGAGCGGCCAUGAUGCUGAGGGAGGCCAUCGCCUUGACUAUCGCCGAGACCAACAACGAACUGGAAGCCCAGAGGGUCGCGUCCGAGUUUGCCUUCAGGAAGCGGCUGCGGGAGAGUGAGAAAGUGUACAGCGAGCUCAAGUGGCAAGAGAAGAAUACCCUAGAAGAGAUUGCCCAGCUGCAGGAGGACAUCAGGCACCUAGAGGAGGAUAUUCGGAGAAAAUUCCUGAACUUGAAGCUAACACAUACCCGCCUCGAGUCCAGAACCUACCGGCCCAACGUGGAACUCUGCCGGGAUCAGGCACAGUAUGGCCUCACCGAUGAGGUCCACCAGCUGGAGGCAACCAUCACUGCCCUGAAGCAGAAGCUGGCGCAAGCACAGGAUGCUCUAGACGCCCUCUACAAGCACCUGGCCCGGCUGCAGGCCGACAUCGCCUGCAAGACCAACUCCAUGCUGUUGGACACCAAGUGCUUGGACACCCGCCGGAAGCUGAUGGUGCCCGCUGAGAAGUUUGUGCCCGAGGUGGACACUUUCACGCGUACCACCAACCGUACCCUGAGUCCGAUCAAAUGUCGCCAGCUGGAGCUGGCCUAGCUUUGAGGGGCU